AUGAACUUUGAACAACAAGGUGCCCCUUUGGAGCAAACGUACGAAAGGUAUGUCGUGCUAACACUAAGAUACCUUAUCCAAGGUUUACAAUUCAUCAUCCCGUUGGUCACCAAAUUCAGUAAAGAAAACCCUACUUUUUUCUUAAUACUGACUACUUUGAUUCUGUUUUACAUUGCAUGGAAGGUAAUCAAGAAUAUAUUUAACAUUUUGAGAAGAUUAUUCCUGUUAUAUUUGUUGGUUUUAGUGGUGUCUAUACAUUUACGUGGUUGGGACCAAUUUAUAAACAAAGAUGUACCAUAUAUUUAUAACACAGCAAUCACAACUGACAAUGCUUACAAAGUUGGUCUAGGAGUGAAAUUCCUUGUAUUUCAAUUCAAGUUCUAUCUAGACUAUCUGUACCAUUCCGUUGAAAACCUGUCAUAA